AUGCUCGGAAAAGCGACCAUUGCAACACAUAGGUUAUGCACUGAAUUGAAAAAGGAUAUUUCCAUCGUAUCCGAUUGUUUCAUCGGCGCAAGUGACUUUAUAAGGAUUGUUCUUAAGGAUGAAUACAUACAGUCAAGGCUAGAAUCCAUGCUUUCGGACGAAAGAUUGGGAAUACCUAUCAUGAACAAUGAGUGUGUAGUGGUUGAUUAUUUCGGACCAAAUGUAGGAAAGGAGCUCCAUCUAGGUCAUUUACGUUCGCUGGCAAUGGGUCAGAUGGUAUCAAAUGUGUUAGAGUUUUAUGGAGCCACAGUUCAUCGCAGGAACCAUGUUGGUGAUUUUGGAUCACAAUCGGGUGUUAUAAUACGUUACCUUUUAGAAUAUGACCCAAAAACAUUAGAAUCAUUGGACUAUGGGACCUGCAACACAAGUAUAAAUAUGGAAAAGGAAAGGAUGGUCAGAGGUCACAAGUAUCCUGAAGAAGUUAUUGAUACUACAGAUAGACGUCUUGGUUUAGGUGGGAUAGAUUUUCCGGAUCAACUUACUAUAAGCACACUUGGAGAGUAUUAUAGGAUCUCAACUUUGAAAUACAAAGAUGAUGAUUUGUUUGCACACCGAGCUCGCUUGGAAACAACUGCUCUGCAGAAUGGUAAAAGUGUUGCACAAAAGCAAUGGGACAAUGUUGUAAAAAUAUCUCUACGGCAUUUUACCGAGAUAUUAAAGAGCUUUAACGCUACAAAGUUAAAACACAUUCCAGAGAGUUGCUACAAGAUUCGUGCAAAUCAACUAAUUGAUUCUCUACUGGAGGCUGGAGUUGCCAAACAAUUUGGAGAUUCAUAUGUAGAGGUGUUUCUUUCAGAUUGUAAAGACUCGGGUGCGAAUAGAUCUGUUUUGCGUACCAGAGAUGGAGCGCUCACAUAUAUGGCAACGGAUCUAGCCGCCUUACGUCAUCGCAUUUCUACGCACAAACCAGAUAUCAUAAUUUACAUAACUGACGAAGCCCAGGAAUUUCACUUUAAGAGGCUUGAAGAAAUCGCAAUAAAGGCAAACAUUCUUGGAGAUUGCAAGAUUGAACAUAUGGGCUACUCUCCCAUAUUAUCGCAGGAAGGUGAUAAAAUUAGGUCAAGAUCUGGAACGCAGUAUCGUAUUUCCGAAACUUUGUCUCAGAUAAAAAAACUGGCCAGGGAUAUGAUUGUUCAAAAUGGUGACUACAUAUCACAAACAACUCAUGUUUUGUCCGAGAGAAUAGGGGCUGGAGGUAUAUUAUUUUCUGAGUUGUCGACUCAUCAUGAAAAGAGUGAUAAAUACUCUAUUGAUCGCAUUGCAGCCACAGGCCUUAAUCCCCUCUUUUCUUUGUUGCUCUCGUAUUCAUCAGCCUUUUCAAUACUAAAUCGACUUUUACACUCUAGAACACCGCCAGAGUACAUUAAGGACGAUGGAUUUCGAAAUGAAACUGAAAGGAGUUUGGCACUGACGCUGAUGGGAUUAGAAAAUGAAGUAUAUUACUCACUAAAAUCAAGGAUAUCUCAUAGACUUUGUAAAUAUCUCCGUACUGUCUCUGAAAGAUUUGAAUUGUUUUGUAAAGAGACCACAAUAGUUGACGGGAACAAGGUCCAUCUAGGCUCUCUAAAUUUGGUAAAACUCACAUACAGAGUAAUGAAACUUGUUUUUUCACUUUUAGGUAUCAAGCCAGUGGAAAAGUUUUAA